UAAUAUUCAUAAUUACCUUCUACUAAAUAUCUUGACUAAUGAUUAGUAACAAUAUUUUAAUAAUUUUGUGUGUGCAGUACAGUAUUAGUUAUUUUAUAUUAAUAUUGAUGUAUUUCUCAUAUUUUGCAGAUUAAAGUAUAAAAGAGAUGGAUGAAUUAUGGGACAUCUGGAAUGGCCAGUUACUUGUGGGAAAGCGGGAUCUUGGGCCAGCAAUAAUAUGGUCACAGUACAACACACUUAUCCCUGGACUUGGUGGAAAGUUAAAGAUGACAUGCAUCACAGAAUAUGAUGACCUUUGGAGUAAGAUCUUGCAGAGUGAGCAGUCUUUACUAUCACGUAAAUAUCCUACAUGCAUUCAAGGGAAGACUGUGUCAGUGUUUAGUAUCUCGUGUCAUAGCUCAGCAUUCCUCCAGCUCACUCAAGAAUUGACACAAACACAGAAGCCUUGUAUAUUGACAUCAGAGUUGAUCAACCCAGGACUGCUGGUAGAGGUUGUUCUAGCACCUGAUUGUGGUGAGCUACAGCAACUGGGACUAAAAAAGUUUCCAAAUUCUCAUCAACCCUCUAUCAAUGUCAUCUUUAUAUUCAGCAAAAGUUUAGAGACUACUAUGAACAUUUACAAGGAGCUGCAUAUUGGCAAGUUCUCGUGGAGGUAGGGCAACCUGAAAAAAAAAAAAAUUCGCCAUCAUUCACUCCAUCAUUGUGAUGCUAGAGGUAUGCCGAUGUUACAUUUC